CACUGUGGACCAGCCUCCCUCGCCAUGAAUAUAUAAAGAGGCCAUGCCUCCCAGUUAAGGACACUGGCCUCUCCCCUAGCUAAUUGCUGAGGAAAUUGACCAAGUGGAACGCCAGGGUGACUUUCACUGGAGUCUCGCUCUCGGCGGUCCAGGUGCAGCAUCCCACCCUCUCUCCUCUGACAGAAUGGAAAUGAUGGAGAGUUGCCAGUUCUCCCCAUCUGAAUUCUUCUACGACAGCUCCUGCAUCCCUUCUCCAGAGGGGGACUUCGGGGACGAGUUUGAGCCCAGAAUGACCUCUUUUGGAGCCCACAAAACAGACCUCCAAGGCUCGGACGAAGAAGAGCAUGUGCGAGCCCCGACGGGUCACCACCAAGCGGGCCACUGCCUCAUGUGGGCUUGCAAAGCCUGCAAGAGGAAGUCCACCACCAUGGACAGGCGGAAGGCGGCCACCAUGCGCGAGAGGCGGAGGCUGAAGAAAGUGAACCAGGCUUUUGAGACGCUUAAGAGGUGUACUACGGCCAAUCCUAACCAGAGACUCCCCAAAGUGGAAAUCCUCAGGAAUGCCAUCAGAUACAUCGAGAGCCUCCAAGAACUGCUGAGGGAACAGGUCGAAAACUACUACACUCUGCCAGGGCAGAGCUGCUCUGAGCCCACCAGUCCCACCUCCAACUGCUCCGAUGGGAUGGCUGAGUGCAACAGCCCCGUGUGGUCCAGAAGAAAUAGCAGUUUUGACAGUGUCUACUGCCCUGAUAUGCCAAAUGUUUACUCCACUGACAAAAAUUCCACAUUAUCCAGUUUGGACUGCUUAUCCAGCAUAGUGGAUCGGAUCUCAUCAUCAGACCAACUUGUGUUGACUCUGCAGGACCCUGCUUCUCUUUCUCCAGUUGCCAGCACUGACUCCCAGCCAGAAACACCAGGGGCCCCUAAUUCCAGGCUCAUCUAUCAUGUGCUAUGAACUCUGAGACUUGAGAUUAAUUCCACCCACUGAUUUUACCUCCAUGUACAGAAUUAACAGGAAAGCCUGUUAGACCAUGAAGCAGGAGGCUGUGCAAAAUUCCAAGCUAAGACAUUCUGUAUAUAAAUAUUUCAUGUUGUAUAUUUGUGAAUAUUAUUUGCCACUUUAUAAGAAAAUGUAUUUAACUAAAAUUUCACCAUCAUAUGAA